GUAACGGGUAUCGUAUCAUUGACUACCGAUACAGGCCCGCAUCACACUAUAUUGAGUUAUUUUGGGUCCAUACAGCCACAUCGUUGAUGGAUGAUAGACAAGCAGCAGCCAAUUCCAUGAUGAAAUCAGCUGCAGCGUUGAAGAUGGAUGAUGAUAUAAUUGAAAUAGAAGAGGAAGCGGACACAUCGACCAAUGCCUCCCCGAGACCGAGUUGCUUAACCCCAGAUAGGCAAGCACUCGCCGAUUCCAUAAUGGAAUCGGUCAAAGCAUCCGUUUGCAAGCUCAGACGUGGAGAUCCACCCACCAUCUACAUAGUCCCACGAACAAUCCGGCAAGUAAACGAGGUUGCUUAUGAGCCUGAGAUGGUGUCGAUCGGCCCAUACCAUAACGGCAAGGAGAGGCUACAAGGCAUGGAAGAGAACAAAUUGUUGUAUCUACAUUCGUUCCUCUCCCGCAAUCCCAAACAUCCGUUGGAGGACUACCUCAAGGAGAUGGAGGAAUUGGAGGAUGAAGCGCGAAGUUGCUACUCCGAGAAAGUGGGCCCACUUAUGCGCAAGGAGUUUGUGAAAAUGAUGGUGCUCGAUGCUUGCUUCAUUGUCGAGAUCUUUCUCAGGUUCCAUCCGGAUAAACUGGGGUUGCUCACGCAACAAUGGAAGGAGCUCAAGCACAACGAGGAGGAUCUCGGUCUUAUUUCUGCAUUCCUUUUCCAUUCAAAUGGCUUCGAAGACCCGAUACGUCAUGCGAUUGGGAAGGUGUACUAUCCAAGGUAUGAUAUGCUCCUCCUUGAAAAUCAAAUUCCUUUCUUCGUACUACAGCGUAUUUUCAAAAUGGCUUGUCCAGUGAACGCACCACAUUUACUUGAGAAGUUGGCCCUUGAUUUCUUCGAUCACGUCAUGCCUAUGAAUAAGGAAAUCGAGAUCAAAGAUUCCUACUAUCAUCUGCUCCAUUUGUUCCACUCGCAUUUGAUACCAACCCGAAAUGAUGGCAAGGAGAAGCACAACCUUUUGUGCAAUCCUAUCAUCAAAUACGUCCUCAACAAGUCGAAGAAGCUACUUAUGUUCCUCCCAUGUUCAAAUGAGCCUACUACUGAACCGCGCAAGAUGAUCCCUUGCGCGACUGACCUCCAACUUGCGGGGGUCAAGUUCAAGAAGAUUAAGGAAUCAAAUAACAUCUUGAACGUGAAAUUUAGCCACGGGGUGUUGGAAAUCACACCCUUCCUGAUACAUGACCACAGCGAUACUCUCUUUCGGAACCUCGUAGCAUUCGAACAAUGCUGCCUAGAAGCAAAAAUCCACUUUUUCACGACUUACAUUGUGUUCAUGGAUUUCCUUGUCAAUACGUCCAAUGAUGUGGCGCUACUCCAUCACAAUGGGAUCAUAGAUAAUUUUCUGGGAAGCGAUGAUGAAGUGGCCCAUCUAUUCAACCGCCUCUGCAUUGGGAUAUUCCAUACUUUCAAGAGAAGCUAUCUUUCGGAUGUAAAAGACAAUGUGCAAAAACAUAGCGAGAACAGAUGGAACAUGUGGCGGGCGAGCUUGAAGCGCGAUUAUUUCACCAAUCCAUGGUCUGUCAUUUCUUUGAUCGCGGCUUCCAUCCUCCUACUCCUCACCAUCAUCCAAACGUUCUUCAGCGUCUUUCCUUAUUACCGACCGCGGUCCUAGUUCUUGAUCAUCAUGUUUUAAUGGUUUAGAUUAUUUUGAUUUUUCUCAUUUGUGUUUCGCUACUUGUGGGUGAAAAACAUUACUAUAGAAUAUAAAUCU